CAACAAAGAAAACAAAGAGAUCCAGAGAGAUGAGUGAAAUAGCUUCUGCAACAGUGUUGAAACCACUGACUGGGCAUCAUGAUCAAGCAUCUGAACAGAAGAAAAACAUCUGUGCGUUUCAGAUGCCACUUCACUACCCAAGGUUCCAACAACAUGAUUAUGAAAAGAUGUCUGAAUGGAAGCUUGAUUGCCUUCUUAAAGAGUAUGGACUCCCACUUAAUAUUGGAGAUCUGAACCAAAAGAGGAAGUUUGCCAUGGGAGCCUUUCUUUGGACUUGAAUUCCAUCUUUCAUCAACUUUCUGAAAUGGUUUCU